GUCAGGCUGUUUGUGCACCUGAGCUAGUGAGAGGUGUAUCCACGAGCGCAGGUAACUUCAAGGACUCUGAGCAGACAAGGUUCGCCACCUGGAAAGGUACCGAGGAUCAGCCAUGGCUGCUCCUGUCAUUGUGAUGGCGCAGCCACAACAAACCUCCACCACCACCACCAUCAUCAGCACGCAGCCCAAAGGCUGGAACACCGGGAUCUUCGGAUGCUGUGAAGAUUGUGGAAUCUGUUGCUGUGCAUUCUGGUGCAUGCCAUGCUUCAUGUGCAAGACGGUGGAUCAGUUUGGCGAGUGCCUCUGCCUACCUCUGCUGGACACGUCCUUUAACGCCUGCGGCUACAUCAGCGUAGGAGCGAUUCCUCCCAUCUCCCUCUCGAUGCGAGCUGCCUUCCGUGAGCGCAAUGGAAUCCCGGGCUCCAUCUUCAAUGACUGUUGCAUCAUGUACUGGUGUAACUCCUGUGGCUGGUGCCAGAUAGCACGGGAGAUGAAGGCACGGAGGAACGCAGUGACGGUGGUUAAUGCCAGCACAACGGUGCUGCCUCACCCAACUUACAUGCCCCAACCUGGCUACAACCCCCAGCAGCCUUACAUGCCACCGGCUAACCAAAUGGCGCCCUACCUCCAGAAAUGAUGGAACGAAUACCCGCUGAGGGAUGCUGGGUGGAGGGGGCGAGGGUGUGAUGCUGACAUGAAAUAUUAAUAACACUCCACGGCAAAGAUUGGCUCGCGAGCGUCGAUGAAAUAGAGAUUACUUUCGCGUAUAACAAUAAAGGCUACAGCUGGAGCCCUCUGGUCUACCGUUAAGAAGGAUCUGCAGCCCAGGUGCAGGUGGUCCCCUGAAGGGCCUUCUCUGCUUUGUUUAAUAAUUAGUGUAACCAGUUCAGACCUCUUUCUUCUACUGCCUUGUGUUGCCUGGAGUCCCUCAGGCCCCCCUUUCUCAGGGAGAUAUCUGUACACUGACUGGUGUCUCUCAGUCUCCUCUCUCUCUCAGGGAGAUAUCUGUACACUGACUGGUGUCUCUCAGUCUCCUCUCUCUCUCAGGGAGAUAUCUGUACACUGA